CCUCAUCAUUUCCAUGCCUGUUGCUGGCCCGUCUCGCGCGACCAUUCCAGAGUCACCCAUUGAGGUUCCAACCGUUUCGCCCAAUUUGAGGGCAAACGAGCAUCUCGCUGUAUUGCUACCUAGAUCCCUCUGGAAGCCCGACUCGGCAGCUUCAUGCUGUGACAACUUCUUCUGUCGUGUGCGAUUUGGCGUAUUUGAACGGCGGCAUCACUGUCGGAAAUGCGGAGGAAUAUUCUGCAGCCAGUGCUCGCCGCGCAUGACCCCUUUACUCGACGUCUCCCACUUACCGUUCCUCCAUCCUCCAAGGAACGUCCCUAUUACUACUUUUCAGUCCCAGGAAAGCAAGGUCCACGAUGCCCGUGUCUGCGAUGACUGUUUUGACCAGAUCUAUGGCUGUCCACGGACUCCUGAUCUCGUCCACUCGCCGGCUCUCUCAUGUUCGACGACUAGUCUCGCGACACCACCGCCAUCUAUCAUUGGUGUCGAGCACCCUCUGCGCAGUUCCCCUUCUCUCAUCAGUUUGGCAAGCUCGUCGUGUUCUUCAGGUUCGCGGCGCCUGAAAGCCUCCCUAGCCGAGGAACCGUCGUAUGGUGCCCUCGACGCGUAUCCCCUCAAGCGUUCGAGUGUGCUUUGCAAAGCUACUGGCGGCGGCAGAUGGGAACCCAAGCAGGAAACCCCUCUCGCGGGGGCAAGGUUACCCGGUGGCAAGGCCGGAUAUGAGAUUCGUUUGGAGAAGGAAGCCGAGAAGGAAAAAAGGCGCAGGGAGAAUCCCGUUAUAAAAGACGGUGACUUUCAGUACCGUUUUCCUCGUGAUCCCGAGCUUAUCGAUCUCCAAGUCAGGCAGAUCUGUCUCUCGACGUUCUAGCCUCGACGUGUCUUUCGUUUAUUCUUAUUGCUGUAUAUUUUGAGGCUCUAUCUCACUGUACCACUAAUCACUGCUUCUUGUUAUACCUGCUGUCCCUGGCAUUACCACCCCUAUGCAUAUAUUCUCCUUUUCCGUAUAUAUCCUCACCACCGAACCCGUGCGCCAUUUGUAUGUGCGUCUAUCUACUGUACUGUACUGUGUUGUACAGCUGCCGUCUUUUCUCUUGGGUUUACUCUCGUUGGUUAUGCUAUUACUUUUGUGUUGUGUACCUCAUUUGCAUAAUUCAUGGAACACUUGAUCCCUCCCCCCAAUCUCAGAAAAAAUGCCAGUGUCGA